GGGAGUCACGCGCCUUCCAGGAACCCGUCAGGAAGAAGAUAAACAAAACAAACCCGAAAGGGAGACAGCGUGGAGUCCAUGGAAAUGGGAAAUUUGAGUCGGGAAAACGAGACAUUUCAGGAUCACGUAUAUGUGGACAGGCUCACGGGGGAGUGUUAAGGGAAACAAAGUUAGUGGAAAGGAAGAAGACAUAAUAAGAAGCUAAGGAUUUAAAAUAUUUGGCACCUUUUUUUAAUCUGUGCGACUUAAUUUCAACUGGCAUAAAAUUAAAGCUGGAAACUACUGCACCUGUAAAACAGCAAAGAAGAUUGGAAUUGGCUCCUGGGGUGUGGGGCUUGGCGAUGCCUCAGCCCAGCAUAAGUGGGAUGGAUCCUCCCUUUGGGGAUGCCUUUCAAAAUCACACGUUUGCAGACCAGGCUCUGACCAGCACCGAUUUGUUAUCGGGCAACUCUGAUCCAGAUUUCAUAUAUGAAGUGGAUAGAGAAAUGAGUUGCAGACAGAGUCCACGAUGUGAUAUCUUUGCAGUUGGUGACUGCAAAGAUGUUGAAACCAUAGAUCAUUUAACAGAUGUUCUGGAUGGUGAUCCAACUUACUUCUCAAACUUUGAACAGUGGGACACAUACUGGGAAGAUCUAACCAAGUACACAAAGCUUGCCAGCUGUGAUAUCUGGGGAACUAAGGAAGUUGAUUUUCUUGGCUUGGACGAUUUAUCUAGUCCUUAUCAAGAUGAGGAGGUAAUUGGCAAAACGCCUACACUGGCACAACUUAAUAGUGAAGAUUCUCAGCCUGUUUCAGACUUGCUUUGCUACACUGAUAUGUUGUUGAGUCAGAAGCCAAGUACGCUUGCAUCUUCCUUAAGUGGAAAGAAAAUGACAAAUCGGUUACUGGCUUCAGCAGCUCCCAAGCCGAAUAACCUUCCAGAUUAUGCAGACGUUUUUCAAAAGGCCACCAGGCCAGUCCCUUCCAGCACAGAAACCAUUAGUAAGACACAGAUACAGAGUGCCAAGGUAGUGGCUCUACAUUCGGACAAUAAGGACUAUGUCAGAAAAGCCAAGGUCAGGAUCAGCACAGUACCCCUCAGACCAGCUGUUGAAGCAACUCAGGCAAAGGCUGAUAUCACAAUUAAAUCUUCUUUUAAUGAAUCUAAACCAGUGGAGAUUGAAAAGAAGAUGGAAAGUACAAGUAGUGAACCUUCUCAUAUCCCAGAGAAAAGUAUUUCUCUCAACUCAACAGUUCAUGAGUUCUUUCCAGGACAAGUGGGCAGUCAGGUGCUACUGCCCGGUAACACUAUGGUAGCAGACCAUUCUCAGAAGAAAGAAGAGCACAAUUAUUCUCUCUUUGUGACAGAAGAUGAGUCUGAACAGGCAGGCAAAACUGAGGAAGAUAUUGAUGAAGAAGAGGAUGCUGACGAGUUGGAACUAGAAGAUGAAGACCAUGAUGAAGGCUUUGGUAGUGAGCAUGAGUUCUCUGAAAAUGAUGAGGAGGAAGAAGAAGAAGAAGAAGAAGAGGAAGAAGAUUAUGAGGAUGAUAAAGAUGAGGACAUGAGUGACACUUUUUCUGAACCAGGGUGUGAAAAUGACCAAGUGGAAGAUCUGAAAGGUGUAACAACAGGCUUCUCCAGGAAAAGAGGCAAACGGAGAUACUUUUGGGAAUAUAGUGAACAGUUAACGCCUUCCAAACAAGAGCGAAUGCUGACGCCUUCAGAGUGGGACAGAGAUACAUUGCCAAGUAACAUGUACCAAAAAAACGGCCUUCAUCAUGGAAAAUACACCGUAAAAAAAUCUCGAAGAACUGAUGUUGAGGAUCUAACUCCAAAUCCCCGCAAACUUCUUCAAAUUGGGAAUGAGUUGAGAAAAUUAAACAAGGUUAUCAGUGAUUUAACUCCUGUCAGUGAGCUUCCACUGACAGCAAGACCCCGCUCUAGAAAGGAGAAAAACAAACUGGCCUCCAGAGCCUGUAGGCUAAAGAAGAAGGCCCAGUAUGAGGCUAAUAAAGUCAAACUCUGGGGUCUCAACACAGAAUACGAUCGUCUUCUGUUUGUGAUAAAUGCUAUUAAGCAAGAGAUUGUGACUCGGAUCCAGCUUGUAAAAGAGGAAAAAACAGCCAGCAUGACUGAGAAUCUUGAGCAGCUCAUCAAAGAAACUCUAGUAAACCCACCAGUAGCUGGACAGACAUCGGACUUUGUAAAUCAGAUUUUGGAAAAGACUGCUGGUGGAGAUCCAACAGGGGGCCUUGUUGGUCUUCGAGUGCCAACUUCAAAAGUGUAAUAAGUUGCCAUCAGCCAAAAGGUUUCCAGACAGAAGACCCUCCAUGCCAUUUUUGUGAUACUCUAUUCACCUUAUGUUUUGCAUGUCAGUUUAAAUCCUGAAAUCUCUAAACAUGUUAUUUAGAAGAGUCUGACAUCCUCAAGAAAAACUAAAUCAUGAUUCUGCAUUUAUUGUAUCUGUGCAUGUGGUUAGCCACUAGUUACAAGUUGUGAAGUUGAUAACUAGGCAAAACAACAUUGGCUGAUAUGUGCUAAGAUUCAAAUCUUAAAUGCUGUCUAAGUAAUUGUAGGUAUGUGUACAGUAAAUGCUAGAUACUAAGAGCAUGAGAUUUGUUGAAGGUCAAGAUCUGGGAGAGAUUUUUGUGGUAUAUUUAUUUGGUUUAAUGAUUCCAUUGAGGUAAAGUGAGGGCUGCUUGUCAGGAAUGGCAAUGCUGAGUUUGUCUUCAGAUUUUGUCCUCUGAUUACUCAAGCACGUUAGGACCGUUGGUGGUUCCAUUAUUCCCUUUCAGCAGGUAUCAGCAAGAGGAAAAAGGGAACUGUAGUCUGAUAAUGUAUUGGAACAAAAGAUGUGCAUUGGCAUAGGUAGUUUGGUUCCAAACAAAAUAUUUAAAUAUGUGAACAAGAUGCUAGUAUGAUCCAUACUUUCUUCCAUACCCGUUGGUUGAAGUCAUACGACAUUUAGACUUUGUAUGCUUUGCUAAUACAGCAUUUAAAGUUUUCAAUUCCUAAGCUUGAUGUAUAACUUCAUGUCUACGUACAAAGUAAUAUUCAUUGUGCCUUGUAUUUAAAAUAAGUUAAAACAAAUGUUUAAAGAAAGUAUACUUUUUACAAAAGGAAAAUAGUUUGAAAGGUGUAUAGAUGGAGAACUUGUGGAUUUGUAAUGUAUUUUAGUUCUUUAAACUAUUUUGAAUGUACAUAGGAAUAUUUGGAAAAUGUAGAUAUAUGCCACAGAGUCUGUGUAUUGUAUCAUAAGAUGGCUCUGAAAAAAAGAAAAAAAAAAAAAAAAAACUUUAGUUUUCCGUAUUGACCGGAAAAACUAUUUGCACACUAUAUUUUGAUUGUUUGUUUUUUGUACCAAAGACGAAUGCAACAAAAAUGGCAAACAGCCAGUUUAAGUAAGGUUUUGCACAGCUUACCUGAUACCGUAUUGAAUGUAGAAAACGUGGUAGGGGGUUUAAAAUGAACUGUGAAGUUUUUGUGUGGGUCCAACUAUCUACAGAAGGAGCAUUGAUAUAUACUCUAUAUAUAAAGUUUUCAGUUCCUGCUAGUGGCUUCUAAAAGUAGAUUAUUAGGAAGAGAGUUUUUGAAUUUUCUUUUCUUUUUAAAGCAGUAAGUUAUGUACUGCCAUUAAAAGAAAAUAGAAUAGGUGAACAUAUGAAGCAUUUUGUGUAUAAUUUUAUUUAGCAUGUUACCAGAAAUAACCAAAAGGUUAGUAUUUGUAUAGUUUAUACAUAUAAAAGUAUAUAUAUAAUAUAUAUAAAAUUAUUCCUGAGUUGCCAGAUUUUCAAUUAAUGUUAUUGUGCAUGUUAUAUUUCUAAAGUUCUAGCUCAUAGACUGUAAAAAGUUAAAGUAAAAAAGAACAGUUAUAUAUAUUUUUGUAAAGGUAGCCUAAACAUUUUUGUUGAUGUUGCAGAAUAUUCCAUUUCAAAUAUAUUUAACUAAAAAGGCUUUUUGCUUUGUGUUUGCACUGUAGAAUAACCUGAGGUUAUCUUGUUUUUGCAUUAAAAUCAGCAAGAUAUGAUUUAUUUUUGAUAGGGAAUUUUAAAUUGUGUGUAUGUAU